AAAAAUAUCAUAGCAAGUUACAGUCAAAGCAAAGUAAAAAUAGGAGAACAAGUUACAGUUUGGUCAUGACUAAAAUUUUGAUUCUUGCUUGCAUGGUAGCCAAUAUUUUAGCAUGCUAUUCUUUCAUUUUUGGUAAAUAUUGGCUAAAACAUGGGCAACCAAAACUUGAGCCAAAUUGUAUUGGUGUUGACUUGGCUCAACGCAGACACACGUUUAGUCCUCUCUCUCUCAACUAUCGUUUGGUAGGCAUUGGUUCACUGACGUAGACAGAAGACGAACUCAGCUGUAACAUGCCCCGAUUCCAAAUGCUUCGAGCAGAGGUGGACUUGUUUAUCCACGAGGAAGGAGGCCUGCAAUUUACAUGUCGUCACUGCUGAUAAGCACAGUACUACUACGUAAUACUCUACCUACUUUCACCGUCAUCAGCAGCAGAUUAGUGCCAGUGGCGCCCUAUAAAAACUUGCUCGGCUGUCUGUCAGUUGACACACACAAUUCACCCGCACAAGUUCGUCGAGCUUGCUUGCUAGCUGCUUCCUGGAAAUGGCCAGGAAAGCGAUCCAGUACGUCGUGGUGGAUGCCUUCACGGCCGAGCCGUUCAAGGGCAACCCGGCGGCGGUGUGCUUCCUGGAGGACGACGCCGCCGCACCCGCGGGGGACGGCCGGUGGAUGCAGUCCGUCGCCGUCGAGUUCAACCUCUCCCAGACCGCCUUCCUCUCCCGCGACUCUUCCUCCGCCGCCGCCGCCCCGCGGUUCCAUCUCCGCUGGUUCACCCCCGUCGCCGAGGUCGCGCUGUGCGGGCACGCGACUCUGGCGUCCGCGCACUUCCUCUUCACGGGCGUCCUCCCGGAGCACCAGGGCGUGGUCGAGUUCGCCACCAAGUCCGGGGUCCUGACCGCCAAGAAGGUUCCUGCCCCGGAUCAGACGGAGGAGCAGGGGAAGAGGCUCUUCAUUGAGCUGGACUUCCCCGCGAGCGAUUUCGUCGGUCCCGGAGACGAGCUGCCGUCCAUCCCGGAGACCCUCAACGGGGCGUCCGUCGUCAGCGUUCACAGAUCGGCGACCACCAACGACUUCAUUGUGGAAGUUUCUUCAGGAAAAGAGGUUGCCGACCUCCUUCCUAACACUGAAGAAAUUAGAAAAUGUGCCGGCAGAGGUGUUAUCAUUACAGCACCAGCACCGCCUGGAUCUGGCUAUGACUUCUUCUCGCGUUUCUUCUGCCCAAAAUUUGGGAUAGAUGAGGAUCCUGUUUGUGGCAGUGCACACUGUGUUUUGGCACCCUAUUGGGGUGGAAAACUGGGGAAACAAAAACUGACCGCAUUUCAGGUAUCUCCAAGGAGUGGAACACUAUACCUGGAGCUGGACGCUGCAAAUGGGAGAGUGCGAAUUCAAGGAGAAGCUGUUACUGUCAUGGCUGGGACACUCUUCGCCUAGCUGCAUAUUGCCAUGUACCCUUCCAAGGGCACCCAUUGAUGGACAUGUACUUUGAACAACAGUGUGGACGAUAGUUACGUUUUGUUGUUUAACACUAAACUAGUUUAUGGGAAUACAGUCUUGAUCUCCUCUGUAUUAUCUGAACAUUGCCAGCAAAAACGGACUUGGAACUGUAUUACCCCAAGUGCAAGUUUUUUUUCUUUUUCUUUUUUGAAGCAAAUAGCAAGUGCAAGUUUCAUUGAUCCGGGACUCCGGGUUACAUUCAAAAGGAGGCAAACUUGUCCUUAUCAAAUUUGUGACAUUUGCAGCCCCAAUCCAUAAUAUGGUCGUAAUUACAUC